AUGGCGCCGUCGCUCGAGGAACCCGUCGUUGCCUCUUCUGGAGUCGACCACCCCAUUAUCACGAAGAAAGCAGGUGUGAAUGGAAAUAAGCUACAGUACACACCGGGACGCACGCCAGUCGAGAAGCAUGAUAACUAUGCCCAUGAAGACCUUCUCCCUUCCUUUCCUGACCUCCACUGGGAGCCUUUGGGUGAAAUUCCCUACACAGACAAGGGUCUUUUGGGAGACCCCAGUUUCAGCAACCUUCUCAGUUCCGCAACUGAUAUCUUCGACUAUACUCCCAAGCUGGGAACUGAGGUCCACGGGGUGAAUCUUGCGAGAUUGACAGACGCCCAGAAGAAUGAUUUGGCCCGGCUGAUCUCACACCGUGGUGUGGUCUUUUUCCGUGGCCAAGAUGACUUGGACAUUGACGCACAGCGUGAACUUGGUCGUUACUUUGGGAGUUUGCACAAGCAUGCUACUACUGCUGUUCCUCGCAAAAAAGGGCUCGAAGAUGUUCACGUCGUCUAUACUGGCGACAACUCUGUCGAUCAGCGCGCAUUGUUUACGCCCAGCUUCUUGUGGCACACGGAUGUUACAUAUGAGGUCCAGCCUCCUUCUUAUACUUCACUGAAGCUUCUUACGGGACCUCCCCGAGGAGGUGGCGGUGAUACUCUCUGGGCUUCUCAAUACGCCGCUUAUGAUGCUCUUUCUUCUCACAUGCAGACUUACCUGAAGGGUCUGACUGCCCUACACUCGGCAGACAUGCAGGCAAACGACACACGCGCUCUUGGCCGGACGGUUCGUCGUGAUCCAGUCACGACCGAACACCCUCUUAUCCGUACCCAUCCAGUCACCGGAUGGAAUGCACUCUUCUUCAACCCUGGUUUCGUAACUAAGAUCGUUGGUGUCCCGAAGACUGAGAGCGAUGCUAUCAUCAGAUACCUCACUGAAGUCAUAGCGACUACCCAGGAGAUCCACGUGCGCUUCCAGUGGGGUAAGAACGAUGUAGCAUUCUGGGACAACCGCUCAACUAUUCAUACCGCUUCCUACGGAUUCGCUCCUCACCGUCGUCAUGCGGUGCGUGUGGCUGUUCAGGCUGAGCGGCCGUACCUCGACCCUGAGGGGAAGUCACAGGAAGAGGAGUUCGCUGCGCUGUACAACAUACCCCCAGUGGACAAGAACGGAGCACGGCAGUCCAACUAUAAUGACUAA